AUGUGUACAGACGAGGCAGGAGCGUCAGCUGGAAUGCCUUCUUCGUCUGGUGGCAUUGUUUCUCGCUCUCAGCGUCGGAAGCCUAUGGGCAGGGUGUCUAAUGCUGAGGCGGAGAAAUUGCAGGGUUGCUUUUUGGUGCGAUCAGAAGCUCUUGGGGAGGACCGCUAUUUGAAUCGCUAUUUUGCAUGCAUGCAUCCUAGUGGCACUGUGUCGCGGGUGUAUGUGGAGGCACACUGUGAUCCUUCGCCCCUCCGUCUGCUCCUGCAGAAAGCAGCAGCAGCCGCUGCCGCGGCAGCGUCUGCUGCUGCUGCUGCUCCUGCUCCUGCUCCUGCUUUCGUUCCUUCUGCAGCUCACAGCGCUAGCAGCAGCAGCGGAGGCAGCGUGUCUACAAGUUUAAGUGGGGAUGAAGAGCAGGAGGAGGUUAAGACCCCUCCCGAAAAGAAGCAGCGGCUAAAUUCAGAUGCCGCCUCUAGCGGCAACGGCAGGAGUUCACUGAAAGUUUUCCCUCCAUCUGCCGACUCUGCGUCUCUGCUGGGAGACUGCAAACUCUCCGCAUGGCCUUUAAAGCGGCGUCACGUCAAGGUGGAAUCGCUAGCGACUUUCUUGCAGAUGCUCUUGGAGCAGCAGCGCAGCGUCUGCUUCUUUGUGGCACCUGACACGCCUGCGUUGGAGAGGGUGUGGAGUGCUCUCUCACCAGCUCUUAAGAGGGAGAGGGCACUUCGGCAGUCGCUUCGGAAAGUCAUUGAUGAGAUGAAUGGAGAGCAACUGCGUCCACGAGAAAUCGUCCCCUCCAUUCCUCCAUCGCCUCUUGCAGCAGCUGUCUGGCUGGGCUGCAAGAUGCUGCAUGACUGGAAUGUGCUGUUGCUGCCUCGAUGUUACCCCCUUCUGUGGCAGCAGAGGCAACCCCAGCAGUUUUCUCCGUGCAUGGCAUUUGCUGCAGCACUCACAAUCGCUGAGACGGCUGCAUCCUGCAGUGUAGCUUACUCUCCGGAAGGCAGCAUCCCCUGUGCAGAAGAGCUGCAGCAACAAAAAAACUUUCCUGCUGCCUUCGCGUCCUCCUCAGCGGCUGUGAGGCAGCAUCGACGCUACUGGAUGGCACAGACGCUGCUGGUGGGCAUCCUAACGCAACUGUUGCUGUACAUAGAGGCGCUCGUGGAGGAGGCAGGCUGUGUGCAUGCAGAGGGCUGGUUCUACCGGAGGCAUCAGUGGCGAGGGGAUCUCCAGCAGCUGUCUCUGCAGCUCCCUGUGCUUCUGCCUACUCCUGGGCAGCCGCAAGACGUUCCCCAAGAGGCUUUCAACUCCUCCGCUGCUGCUGCUGCUAGGGGGAGCAUGCACAGCAGCAGUCCUCGUGUAGCGGUGGCAGGUUCGGUGCGUGCAGACGAGGCUCCUGCGGAUACUCGAGCUCGCCUCGAAGGAGACGCUUCAGAGGAGGAGACGAAAUCCGCUGCUGCAGUCGUCGGCGUGGCUGCCACAGCACCACUAGGGCCGUCUUCUCCGCUUCCAGCGGCAGAAAAAGGGGCAAGAGAUGCGCAUCAAGAAGGAGAACAGAUGGUGUGCUUCCUGUCGAGCGAGUCCGUUGCUGCCGCAGUGGCGAUCGCAGCUGCGGCAGACAAAGAGGCAAAGACUGCGGCAGAGACUGCACCCUCGGGAAGCGGAGAGGAGGCUGCAGCAGCUGCCCGCUUCGCGGCUCUCGUGCGCUGUGUGUGUUGCGGCUUCGGCUGGAACGAAGCCUCGCUGCUGCAGCUCCUUGGCGAAGCCUACGAGCAAGCCUUCUGCAGCAACGGUGCCUCAACACAAGCCAACAAAGCAGACACCAGCGGCUCCCCCUGCCAAGGCAGCCUCCCCACGGAGGCGAGACAGUGGCAAGAAGUCAGGAGGCGAUUGGAUCUAGUUCCUCUAUGGGGGCUCUAUGCAAACGUGUGGAAAGCUGCUGGUCUCGACUGCCAGCGUCUCACCGAUUUGAAUGCUCCUAUUUCGAGAGAUAUUUUCGAGCAGCUCCUCGCGUCAGAUCUCCAGAGACAGCAGGUUCCCUCCGUCGGAGACUCUCUCUUCUUCUUCAGAAAGGGGCAUCUCGAUCUCGUCAGUGCCGUGUUGCUGCAGGUAGGCACGGGAGGAUGCGGCUACAACCGAACGUGUUGCAGCCUCAAAUCCCCCGAAUGCCUCAGUUGGAUUGAGGAGCUUCGUGUCCACCACAUUGAAUACUUUGCUGGCUUUGCGGGUUUAUUGCCGCCUCCCGUGGAAAUGGAGCCUCCCCUCGCUGCAGUGAAAUCUACAGCGAUUUCGCUGCACAAUGCCACGCAGGCAAUGCCUUCAGGUUCUGGGGGCGAUGCAGCGGGAGUCAGUGUUGCAGCGUCACUUUUUUCGUUCUCUCUUCAGGAAGAUCCAGUUGUUCUAGGUCUGGCAAAGCCAGCUCAGCAGGCUCAGCUGCAGCACCCACCGGCCGUCUCCGAAGCGUCUCCGCUUGCUGGAGGAGGAGGGGGAGCAGUAGGGGAGUCAGUCUCUGCGCAGCGUUUAUUUGCAGCACAGCGAGAGCCCUCCCAACUCUCUGAAACAGCAGUGGGAGCAUCCGGCGCUGCCACUCCCGCAGACAACAACACGUCUCAAAGAAAAACGUCACCUCCUUGCAGGAGACGGCGCAGUAUGGGCAGUGCCAACGCGUGUGUGCCAGAAGGCCUAGUGGAGCAGACAUAUGAAGACUUUUUAUUGCAAGCCGAUCCUUUGCGCCUCGCAGCCAGAAGGGGCCAAGCAGCGUUGCUCUAUUUGCAGAAGCAGCUGCAGCUGCAACAACUGAUACAGCAACAACAGAACCUCGUACAGCCAACAGGCGAAAUUCUAGGAACUGCAGUCCUCGACACGUCUCUAUGCCCCCACUACAGGGUCGUCUGUUCUGUUGCAACCCGAAGGCAUCCGACUGCAGCGGAUAGUGUGGUUGAGGGCUUAGAGUCGCUGGCAAGUGCUGCUGCUGCUGCUGCUGCAAGCGAAAGCCGCAUCACUCGGAAUGCAUCCAGGUUGGCUAGGGGAACGGGAGGCGCAGAUAGCAACAGGCCUGCAGGGGCAGAGGGGCAGCAUUUGCAGCAGCAACAACGCAGAGAAGCCGCAUCCGCAUGUAUAGCAGCAGUCGACGGAGGCUCCUUCGCUUCCAUAGAGCAAGCUUUGAACGACUCCGAGGGCGUAGGUGCCUCCUCUCAAAGCCGCAUGCACGCAUUGGACGCUGAAGAGUUGCUGCCGGAGGCUGCCCACGGACCGCAGCUGCGGAGACGCUGGAUUAUUCUUGAUAUACCGCUUCUUCCCGGAAGCAGAGUUCCUCUGCUGCAGCGCAACAAGGUGCUGCAGUCGCUGGAGUUGGGGUGGUCUCCUGGCAUGCGCUUCCGCAUGCAGCUCGGUUGCUGCCCUGCCGCUGCUGCUGCUGCCGCUGCUGCGACCCUUCCACCAGUCCCAAGGGGUCUGGGCUUUGCGGCGCUUGACUUUAGUGUGCAGCAGCAGCACUUGCAGCAGCAGCAUCAGCGGCUUGCGGGUAUUAUCCGCCGUAUAGACUGCUCAGCGUCUGGCUUGUGGGCCGGGGUGUCCGUUGACUGGGAAGAGCGCCGCCUUGCAAGGCCUGGCGAAGCAUCGGCAGCAGCAGCUGCUGCUGCUGCUGCAGCAGCUGCGACGUCUGUUUCUCUGUGGGAUCUUGAGCCUCUGAAGCGCCUCAAGCGUCCAGGUCAGGAGGGCUGA